CGUUAGGGAUUUUGUGGCGAUGGAGGUGGUGAGUAGUUCCGAGAGCCCGACUUCGUCCGCGAGUACGUCCACAGCCGCGACGGCGUCUCUGCCGCCAUCGUUGAAAUCCAGGCGGCCGAAAUAUUCUAGAUUCACGCAGCAAGAGCUUCCAGCUUGCAAGCCCAUGCUCACGACAGGAUGGGUGAUAUCGAUUUUCAUGGCUGUUGGUGUACUGUUUAUUCCACUUGGAGCCUGCGCUUUGAAUUCGUCCAAGAAGGUUGUGGAGAUCGUCGAUCAGUACGAGACUGUUUGCAUCCCUUCUGCUGGAACAAAAGAAGCACGGGUCCAAUACAUCCAGGACAUCUCCACCGCCAAAGCUUGCACUAGACAGCUCCUGGUCACUAAGAACAUGGCCAAGCCGAUUUAUGUCUACUACGAGCUUCACAACUUCUUCCAAAACCAUCGGAGAUAUGUAAAGAGCAGGAGUGAUCAGCAGCUUUUAUAUGGAAAUGCAAGCGAGAGCAGCAUGGCCAACUGCGAUCCACAGAGGCUCAUCGCUGGGAAGCCCAUUGUGCCGUGCGGGCUCAUCGCCUGGAGCCUGUUCAACGAUACAUACUCGUUCAAGCUCAACAGUGUGGCUCUCGUAAUCAACAGGAAGGGCAUCGCCUGGGACAGCGAUCGCAAAGACAAGUUUGGUGGCAGUGUUUAUCCUUCCAACUUUCCAAACAAUUAUCCCGCCGCUACAAACGGUAGCAUCAUUGGUGGAGCAAGCUUAGAUCCCAAUACUCCACUAAAUGCGAAUGAGGAUCUCAUUGUGUGGAUGCGAACUGCAGCACUUCCGGUGUUUAGGAAGCUGUGGGGGAAGAUUGAGCGCGAUCUCUAUGCCGGGGACUUGAUCACCGUGGACAUAAACAACGUCUACAAUGUCUACAGCUUCCACGGUAAGAAGAAGCUGGUCUUGGCAACCACAAGCUGGCUGGGAGGCAAGAACCAUUUUCUGGGAAUCGCUUAUCUCGUUGUUGGUGGCUUGAGCAUUGCGAUGGCGAUGGUAUUUGUAGGAAUUCAGAUCAAGUGUCCAAGGCCUCUCGGUGAUCCGAGCUACUUGUCAUGGAACAAGAACAAGGGUCGCGACUUAAACACGAGUCCAUCAGCCACUGGAGUGCACUUUGAGGUUUGCGGAACUUUCAUGUUUUUAGAGGUCAAAGCUCUUUGUUCUUGAUUUUCUUCCAGGAGCGGUCGCUUGCAACAGGAAAUUGAGUGAUUAAAUCCUUUAUUUGCUAGUUGUAGUAACCCAAAUCUUUCUCCGUUGGAACCUUUUCGUGGUGGGGAUCCGACGGUGUUGCUUGCAUGAGUGAGCUAGAUUGCGACGAGCGGGAAAUUUGAGGCUCGAUCCUCUAGAGUGAGCAAUUACCACAGGUGGUUCCUUUUGCAAAGCCACUACCAGAUCUAUCAACUGAUGGAAGUCCAGAAGGAUGAAUUAUGCGACUUUCAUGGGUCCAAAUGUUGUGAUGCGUAAAAGCAAUUUCUUC